GGCGCCCCGAGGGCGGGGCGGGGCGGGCCGGGCGCCACCGUCCCCUUCCCGGCGCGGCGGGGCACGGCUCCCCGCCCGGCACACUCCACCCACCCGCGGCUACUUGCGCGCUCCUCCACCGGCCGCCCCAUUUCCCCUCCCGGCUGGCCCGAAGAGGUGACCCCAGUCCUGGGGCAGAGCGCGGAAGAGACGGCGGCCAUGUCGCGGUGCCCCGCCGCGGCGGUGCGGCUGCUGGUGCUGCUGAUCUGUUUGAAUUACGGAAAUGGACUCUAUGUGAAGGUUUAUAAUCGAAAUGGCAGGAGUGGCAUGUUGUCUCACCCCAACAGCCUACUGAGACAGAAGCGAGAAUGGACAGUCCCUCCGGCUUUCAUACGGGAAGAGGAGGACAAUUCUUAUAAGAAUCCAAUUGCUAGAAUACAUUCUGAUCUGGAAGACAAAGGGGUAGUGGUGACUUAUACUAUAUCUGGUCAAGGAGUAACAGAACCCCCUUACGGAUUAUUUGUUAUCAAUGGAAAGACUGGAGACCUCAACGUAACAGGAAAGGUUGACAGAGAAAAGACUCCAAUGCUGCUUCUCAGAGGUCAUGCACUAGAUAAGACUGGAGCAAAACUGGAAGAGCCAAUAGACCUCCCAAUUAAAGUCCUGGACAUAAAUGACAAUUCUCCAGUGUUUUCACAUGAAACCUUUCUUGGUUCAAUUGAAGAAUUAAGUGAAACAGGUACAAUUGUAAUGAGGAUAAAUGCAACAGAUGCAGAUGAACCAAAUAACCCAAAUUCCAAAAUUGCUUUCAAGAUCCUUUCCCAAAGCCCUAGUGCUGCAUUCAGUAUGGAUAAGCAUACUGGCGAGGUUCGAGUAGCAAAAAUAAACCUUGACAGAGAGACACAAAGUAGCUAUUCUUUAGUGGUGGAAGCAAAAGACCGUGAUGGUGCUUCAGGUGGGAAUGCUGCAACAUCAUCUUUAGAAAUCAAGAUUUUGGAUGUCAAUGACAAUGUGCCUGUGGUUGAAAGUAGUGCAUUUGAAGUACGCAUCGAAGAAAACAAAGCAAAUGUGGAAAUUCUGCGAAUAAAAGUAAUUGACAAAGAUGAAGAGUUUUCUGAUAACUGGUUGGCGAACUUUUCAUUUGUUUCUGGUAAUGAAGGCGGCUUUUUUCAUAUAGUAACAGAUAACCGAACAAACGAAGGAAUUUUGACUGUUGUGAAGGAGCUGGAUUAUGAAAAAAUGCAAAGCCUACAGUUGGGCUUUGUUGUUACAAACAAAGCGGAGUUCCACAAGUCAAUUAAACACAGUUAUAAAGCACAAAGAAUUCCAAUCAGAGUUCAUGUGAUUAAUGUGCAGGAAGGCCCUAUAUUCCCUGGUGGCACAAAAAUUAUUGAAGCAAGUGAGAACCUGCAGAUAAGACAAGUUAUUGGACAGUAUCAAGCCUAUGAUGAAGACACUGGAAAAAUAGCAGAGCGCAUUGUAUACAUGAAAGGAAGAGAUACAGCAAACUGGAUCACAGUAGACACAGUCACAGCUGAAAUCCGACUUGCCAAACGACUCGAUUACGAAUCGUCUCAUGUAGUAAAUGGUACCUACACUAUCACCGUGUUGGGUGUAACUACUGAUGUUCCUAGGAAAACGAUCACCGGCACAGUCGUUAUUCAAGUUAAAGAUGAGAAUGAUAACUGCCCACUUAUUGUGAAUGCUGUGCAGACUGUGUGUUCAGAUGCAAAAUUAGUUAAUGUUACAGCUAAUGAUUUGGAUGGUUACCCAAACAGUGAUCCCUUCAGCUUUUCUGUCAUUGAUCAGCCAGAAGGAACAGCAAAGAAUUGGAUAAUUGCAUCUGAAAAUGGCACCAGCAUACAGCUGGUACCACAAAACCUGAAGCUGGGCAGAACUGAAGUUCCCUUCCUGAUAAAGGAUUUCCAAGGGUUGAGCUGUGCUCAAACACAGUCUCUACAACUGACUGUUUGCAAGUGUACGGGUGACGGCGUAUGCAAAGAGAAGAUUAUUGGCGCUAAGUCUGUGGGUCUGGGACCAGGAGCGAUUGCACUAAUCAUCUUGGCAUUUUUACUUUUGCUGCUCAUUCCACUGUUACUGCUGCUGUGUCCCUGCGGCUCGAGAGCGAAGGGAUUUGCUGUGAUAUCGGACUACAGCGAAGCGAUGUUGCGUCAGUGGAACAGCGAAGGGGCAGCUCCUGAGGAGAAGUCAGUGCUAAGCCUCAUCUCAGCCACUGCGCUGGGGAACUCAAAAGGAGCAACCGGCGGAGCAGCAGCAGGAGCAGGAGCAGCAGGAGCAGGAGCAGCAGGAGCAGGAGCAGCAGGAGCAGCAGGAGCAGGAAUGAGUGGAGAGGAAACUGCAGCAGGAGGAGGCAGCUCUGCCUGUCAUGUAAGAGAGCAUCACAGCACGAUCACCAAGGAAAGAUGGGAAGAGCAAAGACAUCUCCUUUCUGGUGCUGAGUAUGGAACCAUGGCAGCUGGAGGGGUUGAAGGCAUGGCAGGUAUGGAAGGCAAGACAGUGGUGGCUGGAGGAGGAGUCACGGUGGGAGCGGCAGGAGCCAUGAAUGAAGAAUUUUUAAGAGACUACUUCAAUGAUAAAGCUAUCUCUUUCGCGGACGAAGAUGAAGCCCAAGCUGCAAAUGACUGUCUCCUGGUUUAUUCCCAGGGAGAGUCAGGCUCCCCCCAUGGCUCUGUCGGCUGCUGCAGUUUUAUUGAGGGUGAUCUUGAUGACCAUUUCCUUGAUGAUUUAGGAGACAAAUUUAAGACUCUAGCAGAAAUAUGCAUAGGCAGACAAAUCAACAUGAAAGACGGUAGCUCCAGGAAUGAAUCAGGUUUCGGUCUUAAUGACACCAAGUCACGGUUCUUAGAUCAGCAAAAUGCUUCCAGCUCAGAACAAGCCUUUGCCUCAGGCAGCCGCUUCCAGCCCACCCCACCAGUGUACACGGGCAGAGGCACAGAAGAAGACACGGUGUCCAAGGAGGUCGUCACAGAAACAACCUUUGCAUCCCGGUCUGGGCAGCACGGCAACCAAUCCCUUCCCACAGCCCAUGCGGAGACCAAUUUCACCUUGAUGGAAACAUCCUACUCUGCAGGGGCUCCUGACUACUCAGCCAUUCGCUUUCUAGAGCCCCAGUUUAAGGAGAACGUAGUGGUGACAGAGAGAGUGCUGGCACCCGCGUCGAGCUUGCAGGGUAUGGUGGAAAUCCCCGACUUGCCGCACGGAAGUAAUGUGGUGGUUACAGAGAGGAUGGUGAAGUCAGAGGGCGCCAGAGCAGGAGCCCUGACGGUUCAGGAUCUCCCCGACUCCCAGUAUGUCGUAGUGAGGGAGCGGGAGAGGGUGCUCGUGCCCGCCGCAGAGCAGGGCUCGCUCAGCUUCCCCGCGGUGGCGGAGGGGCGCAGCGUGGUGGUGAACGAAAGGGUGGUGACAGCCUCAGGGAUGCAGGGCAGAGCCGAACAGGCGGUGGGUGCUGGCUCGGGAAGGCAAGAGCACGCGUUGAUCACAGACUCCUUGCUUAACCAGGGGGGCUCCAACAUAGAGGGGACAUCUUCUGCCAGCGCCACGCUGAGCAAGUCUUCCAGGGUCACCAAAUACAGCACGGUGCAGUACACUCGCUCGUAGCCUGGCCCCUUGCAGGGGCAGCGGUGUCCGGCACCCUUGUGUCACUGCGUGUCUCACCUCAGGCUUUUUCUUGAGACCCACAUUUGCUGGAGCUUUCAGAGUGACAUGGGCUUGCUUGUGGUAGUUUAUAUAAGUAAGGAUUAUGACCAAGAAGCUAGUAAGGAAAUCAGCUGUUGUUAUUAGGCGACAUUGGCAGUGAUGCUUUUGAAGUGGAAAGAUGUGGGAAAUGUAUUUUUUUUUCCUUGUGUGCUAUUUUUGUAAUUGCUUUUUUAUUAUUCAGUUAGUGUAAUAAUACCACAUAACCACAGCUGCAUAAUUAUGGGAAAGCAGGAAAAAAAAGUCUAUAAUCUAGUGAUGGAUAGUAGCGUGCAAAGCACAAGUUAAGUUUCUGACCUGCUGUUUAGUGUAUCAGCUGAAGUUCCCCUUAAGGGGCAUCAGUUGCUCAUUGCGUGUUUGCCAUCGAUUACCUUGUGGGCCAGGGCAGCUCCCCCGUGCAGAUCUCUGCACCUUCGUGCAUUGCUAAGAAAUCUCUCCUUCCUGAAAAGCCCAGGCCACCAAAGCCAGUACGUCCUCGGGGCAGUGGUGUGUUGAUCUCCUGGAGGGAGGUCACAACUUUGGGUUAUCGGCGUUUCUACCUUAAGCAAUCAAUACUUGCAUAUUAGCACAGGGGUUAAAGAGAGCAAGUAGCACAAAAAGCUGAGAACUGCAGUUUUUUUGGUACCUCAGUGUAAAAGUUCCAUUACUCGGUGUGGGUCUAGGCUGACACGGGCAAGUAAGCAUUUGCAUCGUACAGAUUUUUCACUGGCUCCUGACUGGUCCUUUAAUAAUAUAUGAGAAACAGCCAAAACUUACCUUAGCUUUAGAGCCAGAGAUUCUGUCAGUGACCUUGCUAGCAAAGUUUAUGGCCCUUAGAGAUCUGUAGGACCUGAUUUACAAGUGCGAUUAGCUAAGUGAUUUUAAUUCUGUCUGAACUCACAGAUACAAGCACAGAAACGCAGCCUGAUGUGUGUGCGUGUGAGGUUCUGCUGGCUCCAGCACCAGAGCUCGGGUGGCCUGUGUAAUGCCAUAUAAUGGCAGCUUUCCUUAGCUCUGACAAGACAAGAGAAAGCCCCAUUAUAAUUCUGUAAUACUUAAAAUUACUUUUAUUUUCCAUGAAGUUUAUGUGGUAAAAGCAGGAGUACUGUAUGCUGUUUGGCACUAUGUAUAUAUGCACAUGUAAAUAUUUAUUUGUACGCAGUUUGAAACAUUUUAAAGUGAAUUUUAUAGCCAUACACUCCGCAUGUUUUGUCAGAGUAGAAAGGAGUAUUUUAGAUGAGGUAUUAUACCGUGUUUAUCUCAUACCUGUAAAGUCAGCAAAUCUGGUCAUAUGGUAAUGCAUAGCCCGUGCAUCUGCAGGGCUUUCUGGUUGCCUCCAUCUCUCCUGGAAUUUUCCUGCAGCUGCAGUGUUGUUUUCCACUGGUAUGUUUUGCCUUUGACUAGAAAUGGUUUCAGUGUGUUUGAUUUUACUGAUAAGGAUAUAAAAGUUGGGGUACAUCUUGACAGAUAGGCCAUUACAUUAAGUGGAGGAGUACUUCCAAGCAAAUCAAACGACGCGUUUGCUUGGGACCUAUUGGUUAUUUAUCUCUUAAACUUCAUUUUUAAAGUAUGUGUAUUUACUUUUAAGCAAGCAUGCAGUUUUGAGUGGUCACCAGUCUUUCCUGCAGUUAGAGGGAAUGAACUUAUUUCUGACUUUUUAAUGGAGUAUUUCUGUGGUUUUAUGCAAUCUUAAAAUAAAGAACACUACUGUAUUUA